AUGGUGGAGUUGGUUUUGUCCUACGAAGAAGUCAACGGGGAGCAUCUCAAUCUAGCAAGCUAGUGCUUAACAAUCCCUAAACAUCGUCAGCGAUCAUCAUCUUCUCAUAAUUACUCCACCCGUCUUGAAUUCAAAUCACAGUGCACUGUCUGUUCCCCAUUAACAGAAGAAGAACAGACACUGUUUAUGGCUGCCGCUUGUGGAAGUGUAUAGCGCCGUGGCAGGACCCGUAUCAAAAUGAGACUUCUUCCCAAACAAACAAUCCUAUUACUAGCUUUCUUUAUCUUUUUCACCCCUCUUUCCCACUCACGUGCCCCAGAAGUCUCCCGCCGGCACUGCAAAGCAUGGCUCGUGCAAUCCAUUCCCACCGAUAUGUCCUACCUCUCCCGCGUUCCCGGCGUUCUCUCUACUGGGGAUGUGCUCCGGUGGCUCGCGGCGAACUCUACUCGGCGACUUGACAUUAUUGCUCAAUACUGGCAGCUGGUGGCUUCUCCCCAUAAUCCUCGCUCAGGAGAUUACGGCUACUCCGAAAGUGAUAUGCACAAAUUUGGUGCCCAUGAAGGUGCUGCCGUUUAUAAAGCCAUAGAUAAUGCUGCUGAUCGUAAUAUUAGGAUCAGGUUGCUGUCUCAUUCAGGAGUAUAUCCAGACUUCACGAAAGAACCAUCUAAACUCGCUUCAGGAAGGUCAAAUGUUAAGAAUGUGACCUUGUUGCUGGGAGAUUGGUGGGGUUCGGGAAUUGUUCAUGCCAAAGUCUGGAUAUCAGAUAACCGGGACGUAUAUAUUGGAUCUGCAAACAAUGACUGGAAAUCACUUACUCAGGUUAAGGAAGUUGGAAUCUAUCUUACUGGUUGCCCAAGAAUAGCUAAAAGAGUUGAAGUCUACUUCAACAAUUUAUGGACACUCGCAUCUCUUAAUUCUUCAGCUUACACAAAAACAGUAUUUGAUCAACAGUGGCAAGUUGAAAGAAAGGUUCCUUGCUGGUCACAUUUCGUUGAGCCAACAAGGAGAUGCGAGUCUCCUCUUCCUCGGUAUGUAGAGACUCCCCAUGUUGCAGGGUAUCCUGUUCUCUCUGAUCCCUACAUGUUUAGAGUUUCAAUUGAGACUCCUGGAAGCAACUGUUCAACAAAGCUUCCCCGAGCUAGCUAUCUCUCCUUUGCCCCUCCUGAGCUGUCAUUUGGCAAGUAUCAGGCUGAUGAACAGGCUUGGGUCGAUACAAUUAAAUCUGUGGGAAUGAAGGAGACAGUUAGGAUCAACACCAUGGACUGGCUGGGUCAGUCACAGUAUGCUGACCAAACUGUUUACUGGUCAUCCCUAUCCUCUGCGAUAUCAGAGGUUGUGUUUUCCAAGAAUGCAACAGUAAAAAUAUUGGUGGCUUAUUGGAGUCACUUCAUCAGUAGCACGGAUGUGUACCUGAAGUAUCUCCUAUACUCCAACAAUCUCUGCUCAUCUUCAAAGUACCAUAAAUGCUCUGGAAAAGUUGAGAUCAAGUACUAUGUGGUUCCAGGUUUCAAUUCGACAGGGCCUGCCAUUAAGAACGGAGCCAGUACAGGAAAUACAUACCCUGGUUUUACGAGGGUCAAUCAUGGAAAAUACGCAGUUAGUGACGUACGGGCUCACAUUGGAACUAGCAACCUCAUAUGGGACUACUUUUAUACCACAUCAGGAGUCAGCUUUGGAACACACAACCCUGCCAUUGUUUCCCAACUUCAGGAGAUUUUUGAUGCUGACUGGAAUUCACCCUAUUGUGUCCCGGUUGAAAAACUGGAACAACGCCUUUCUUCUUCAUUCUAGGAGUGCUUGUUUUCAUUUAUGUUUUGAUGCUGACGGGAAUUUCAAAUUGGUGAUUUGAUUUGUGGGCAAUAUAAUAUUUAUCUUCAUGAA